AGGAGGAGGAGGAGGAGGAGAGGGGAGGAGCAGGAGAGGGGAGGAAGAGGAGAAGGGAGGAAGAGCACAGGCUGGGCAGUCCAGGGCCAGGCUGGGGGAGGAGUCGGAUGAUUACAUGAUGGGGGCUAGAUCAGAAUAUGGAGGAGGAUAUCUGUGACCAGGGAGUGUAGUGUGGUGAUGGAGGAUGAAGUCAGGCGCCUGCCGUAGCCUGGUGGGCCCGCCUGAGGGCUCUGUCAUAAGCCUCAUUGUUGAAAGGCCCUAAACCAGUGCUGAGAUCCAGUAGGAUCCCAGCAUAGUGUUCUUUAGAGCAGUCAGGUUCUGGUUCAUCCACUUCGUAGUGUUAUCUUUUGUUUUAUUUAGGACCGUGUCGUUUGGAGCAGCUGGCUUGAUGAAUGAAGUCAGGGUUAACAGCUAGUAGAGGAGGCCUACGUGGUGUGGCGUGGCCUGAAGCCAACACUCUGAAGCCAUUAUGCUGAUAUAGCAGAACCGACUCCUGAGAGCAGACGUAUCUGAAGCUGUCAGGGAGGAACCAUGGCUACCAUCUCUGAACCGGACCCUGGACUCUCUGAGGAACCUGAGGACACGUCUUUGGACCGGAGGGAGCGCAAGAGAAGAUUUGCUGGUAGAGCAAAGAAGAAGGCUAAGUCCAGACGCCGUGGAAGCCGUCAGAGAGUAACAAUGGUCACCAUCUCGGACCGGGAGGAGACCAAGAAGAGAAGAUUUGCUCUAUGGUUUCACAUCACUGUCAUUGUGAGCAUCGGACUGCUGAGUAUUCUCCUCAUCUCCCUGCGCUUCAACUCACCGUCACCCUGGAAAGAGGGGAGAGAGCACUUACUGGAUGAACUCGAUGAAUUGACGCUUCAGGGCUGGAUGCUUCACGACAAGAGUCUCUACCGUGUUUCUACCACUAAGAAGGGCUGGAGGGCCAGUAGAGAAGACUGCCAGAAGAGAAAGGCAGACCUGGUGGUCAUCAACAGCAGAGAAGAACUGGCGUUUGUCAGCAGAUUGAUGGAUACUUCCUGGAUUGGACUGAGUGAUCGAGAGAAAGAGGGGACCCACAAGUGGGUGGAUGGUACCCCCAUGACCUCAAGUUGGAGACACGUUAAACCACGCGAUGACGGCGGAGCAAGAGACUGCGUCGUAGCAGGGGAGGACGGCUGGUCUGAAGAACCGUGUAACAGACUGCACCACUGGAUCUGUGAGAAGGUCCUAGACCUGGAUCAUCUGGAGGCUGAGCGGAACAAAGAGGGUUCAGUGAUGCUCACGGAGGAGGAGGAGGAGGCCCCCAGCAUCACAGAGUUCCACUCCUCUACCCACGUGUUGCCCGUGGGCCAAACGGCCCGCUACACCUGCCACGCCGGCGGCACGCCGGAGCCCACAGUAGAGUGGCUCCACAACGGCAGGCCCCUGGAGAGGGACGGCAGAGACGACCAAUCAGAGGCCUGGGUGGAGAGGGGCUUCCUCUUCGUCAGAGGUGGGAGGUACGGCGUGAACACGGUCUGCUGCAUGGCGAGCAACAGCGCUGGCACGGCCAAUCACAGCGCUGAGCUGCUUGUCUUUGGUAAGUCCUGGAUCCAAGGAGAGAUGUUUGUUGUUGAUGUAGCAAUAGUGUAACUAUCAUCA